AUGCCGUCCAGCAAUUCAUCCACAGAUUCCGAGCCCAACAAUAACGUUCCGGCGAUCGCAAAGUCGAAUAGUGUGAGCUCAGCCGACCACGAAGUCCUACAAGUCGCCCAGCGGAUAGUGGCACCGAUCAAGCAGCGAAAGAUCAGCCGCGCCGCUUCGGCAAGUCGGAUCCGACAUCGGCGGGGUAUUACCGGGCUGACCGGGAUGGGCAAGGGCGAGUCGUUCAAGGAGGCCAACAAGGAAGCCGUUCAACAUUCCUGGAGUGCUCUACUCGGUACUUCUGGAGAUAUGACAGUUGUUGGGCUGGGGAUCUAUCAGAAAAUCUUUGACGCAGCCCCGGAGAUGAAGGCCGUUUUCUCGGUACCGGAGCAUGUUCAUGAUCUACAGACGUUUACAAACUUCCAUCGAUCGGGCAAGCUGUUCGUGUCGGUGAUCGAUUUGUGUGUUCGGAGCAUCGACUCAUUGGACUCGGAUAUGGGGCCAAUUUUGAACAUUCCUGAUGACGAAAAGGGGGAGGACGCCACUGCCGGUUGGAAUUUCGUAAUACGAUACAUCUGCGGCAAACUCGGCGAAGGCUUCCAACUCGAACGAAUGCGGACGGCAAAUAUACGCCGAAAAAGCGUCUUA